GCCCUCCUCCUGAACCCUAGCUCCGGCUCAGUACCAUCCUCCACCCCUCUCUCCGUCGCGAUGGACGAGGACUGGAGCACCGAUCCCGCUCACCGCCGACGUCGCCUCCUCUUGCCGACGAGCUGUCAGACCCAGACCCAGAACCCGCCACAGACACAGCCCCCGCUCCCCAUGGACCUCGCCUCCCAGUACAACCGACGCUUUGCACCGUCACUUUUCCUCCCACCGAUGGCGCCCCGCCUGGCUUCCAGCUCCGGCUUCUCGGUCUUCAGCAACUACCAGAGCCCGCCGACGCUCGUGCCCACGGCGGCGGGCGCCGGAUCGCAUCUCGCUCGGUCGCUCCCGAAGCUGCCUCUUUUCUCCAUGGACUCUCUAGGUCUUCUCCCGUACUCCACCAAUCCUGCGGCGGGGGCGGCGGUCCCGCGUUCCCUGUCGUCGCCUGGCGGCUCCGAGCAGCAAGUGCCGUCCGCGUCCGGCCUGCCGCCGCGCGGGGCGGGGCACCGGAGGUCCCGUAGCGAUUUCCUCGUCGGGUUCUCGCGCCCGAAUCAGCUCUCCCUGCCGAUGACUCCUGCAGCUGGGGAAUACAGGUCGAGGGAAGCCUCCGUACUCGAGGAGCUAUUCCGCUCGUACAGGGACCCGAAUCUCAGCUCCUCCGGGGAUAACAACAGUGAAAGGAACGAUCACUUAGGCAGACAACUCACCGGCCAAGGCGCUUGGAGCCCCGGUGAUAGCAGCGACAAUGACGCUGAGAGCUGGGCGGCUAGUGGCAGCGCAGCCGCAGGCACCAGCGCUAGCCAUAGCCAUACUCGCCAUUGCCGCAGCCUGUCGGUGGACAGCAUCAUGGGCAAUCUCAACUUUGGAGGCCUGGGCCAGGUUUCUCUGAGACUGCCGCCUCCGUCUCCGGUGGCAGGCGCCGGCGGCAGCCUCUCGCGUGCUGGAAGUGGGGCAUCGGGCGGUGCGGUUGCGACUGCCUCUUCUCAACCUGCCAACGGAGAGUUCAGCGAGUCUGAGAUGAAAAAGAUCAUGGCCAAUGAUCGCCUUGCUGAGCUCGCUCUUGUUGAUCCUAGGAGGGUCAAGAGGAUUCUAGCUAAUCGGAUCUCGGCAGCGAAGUCUAAGGAGCGCAAGGUGAAGUACAUGGGUGAGCUUGAGCGCAAGGUUCGUGUGCUGCAGAUGGAAACUAGUACGUUAUCUUCAAAAGCAGCAUCGUCGCAGAGGGAAUGCGAGGCACUUAGAAUUCUGAACAAUGAGAUGAAGAUCAGGCUGCAAGCAAUGGAGCAGCAAGCACAGCUGAAAGAUGCUCUGAAUGAAGCACUGACUGCUGAAGUGCAGCGCCUGAAACAAAUUGCUGGUGAGGCCAGUGAUCCUCAUGUGCCGAAUAUGAGCCGCAAGAUUGUCGAACAGCAGCUGCAGAAGCAGCCAUCGGAGGCCCAGCUGGCUGAGCAGCAGCAGCCACAGGAAUCAGAGGAGUUCAAAGCUCAGCAGAAGCAGUGGAACCAUUAAUAAGACGCGUUUCACAGAGGACAUGCUUGAAGGUCUAAUCCAUACAGCAGAUCCAUGAAGGGACACCUUGUGUUCUCCCGGACAUUCGUUUUUUUUUUUUUUCCUU